GCAGUGAAUUUCACUCUGGAUCCGGACACCGCAAACCCCUUCCUCAUCCUUUCUGAGGACCUGAAGAGCGUCAGAAGAGGGAGUCGAUACCAAUCUGUGCCCGACAACCCCGAGAGAUUCGACAUCAUUAUGAGCGUGCUGGGCCGCGAGAGAUUCACUUUGGGGAGGCACUGGUGGGAGGUGGAGGUGGAGGAAAAUUUGGGGCAGUGGGCCGUGGGGGUUGCGAGAGAGUCCAUGAGGAGAAAGGGGCAGGUCCGCAUAAGCCCCGACGAGGGGUUCUGGGCUGUGGGGAAGUCAUUCCACAAUGGCCACGACUUAUCCUCCCCUUGCCAAAUUUUGGCUUUCACAUCCCCAAAGCCAACCCCGUUGAUCUUGAGGCGUAACAAGCUCAGGAAGAUCCGAGUGUCCCUGAGCUACGAAGAGGGUCGUGUGGAGUUCUUCGAUGUCGAUUUGGACAACCUGAUCUUCACUUUCCAGCUGGCCUCGUUCUCUGGGGAGAAGAUCCUCCCCUUUUUCCAGGUGUGGAGAGGGGUCAGGUUGAAGUGUUGAAUUAUAAGGGCGAAUCUUCCC